UGUCACAAGGACAAUAUUUAUACAAUGUGCAGGUCUGUAGCUUCUUCUAGAUUGGUUUACUGUUACACAACCUUUUCACUGAAGGAUUAAGGCCUAAUACAUUAUUGAUUGGUUGGGCAUUUAUUAUGCAAGUAACUGUGAGGAUGUUCUUUACGUAGUGUGUAUCUCUUUGUUGUCACACAAUGCUCCUGCAUGUGUGCACUAUAAGUAUGAACAGGAGAAAUGGACAAGGACUACAUGUACAUGACGACAUUCUCACAUUACGAAAGGAUGAUCUACCAAGAAAAAUAGGGAUCAACUAGUUUGACAAAAUGGAGUAAAUGUAGAAUGAAAGCGACUCAAUGCAGAGGAAAUUGGGAAAACUGGAGAUUUGAAUUGUGGUAACUGAUGUCAGAGUUUUGAACUUUCUAACUUCUUAAGGGUGCUAUACCCACAGCUGGUGACACAAUGGAGUUGUCAUGGACAUCAUUAUCUCUCAUUGCAACUUUGAGUUGUACGAUACUUUGCACAAACGCUCUUUUAAAUUCUUCACCACAACCACAGAGCAAACCCACAAAUUUUGUUGUUUUUAUCAUGGACGACGUUGGUAUGGGCGAUCUGGGCUGUUUUGGGAAUGGAACUAUAAAGACACCAAAUAUUGAUGGAUUGGCGAAGGAGGGCGCUAAGUUGACGCACCAUCUAGCGUUGCCGCUGUGUACGCCAAGUCGAGCUGCUCUUAUGACUGGAAGGUUGCCGAUACGAUAUGGGAUGGGCUCCAGGCACAUCAUGAGGGUCUUUACUUUUCUCUCGGCCAAGGCGGGUCUGCCUUCCAGCGAGACUACAAUUGCUGAGGUACUUAAAGACACUGGAUAUUCAACGGCUUUAGUCGGUAAAUGGCAUUUAGGUUCCAUGUGUGAGGCAGAGAACGAAUGCUCUCAUCCGAACGGCCAAGGCUUUGAUUACUUCUUUGGCCUUCCACUAACAAACUUACGUGACUGCGGUAGCAACAGCAAUGUUUUUAUCGCAUGGGACCCCCACAUUUACCGGGACAUUGUCCUGACUUUUCUGGCUGUGCUGUGGGCUGCGUACACUGCCCGGAAGCACCGCUACAUCGGUCUGUGUGGGUUUGUGAUCUUUGUCGGUACGGGGGCAAUCCUGUGCGGAAGUUUCUUUGCCUUCAUCAAGUCAAUUCGCAUGAUGAACUGCGUCCUGAUGGAGAAUCAAAGAGUCGUGGAGCAGCCUCUUCAGUAUGCCAAUCUCACCGAGAGAAUUCAUCGACGGGCCGUCAAUUUCCUUGAAGGGCAUCAUGACAAACCUUUCUUACUCGUCAUGUCAUUUCUUCAGGCGCACACGGCCCUCUUCAGUUCAGAAAAGUUUCUUGGCAGAAGCAAGCACGGUCUUUACGGUGACACCCUGGAGGAGAUGGACUGGAGUGUGGGAGAAAUUCUGAGGACGCUGCGCAGACUUGGUGUCGACGAGAACACCUUCAUUUAUUUGACCUCGGACAACGGAGGUCAUGUGGAGGAGUUUUCAGAGGACGGUGUACGUGAGGGAGGAUGGAACGGCGUUUUUAAAGGUGGGAAAGCAAGCACCUGGGAAGGUGGAAUUCGUGUCCCCACUAUCGUGAAAUAUCCAGGAGUCGUUCCCCCAGGCUUAGAGAUCUCAGAGCCCACAAAGCUUGAAGACCUGCUACCAACGAUCGCAGGAAUCGCUGGGGCACAGCUCCCCAAUGACAGGGUAUAUGAUGGGAAAGAUCUCAUGCCGUUAUUGACUCGAGGCAAGACUAGCGGUCCUCACCAUGAGUUCAUGUAUCACUACUGUGGUAGCUACUUACAUGCGGCACGCUACACCCCAAAAGAUUCUGAUAAGGUAUUUAAGAUUCACUACAGCAGUGUUAUCCAUGUCCCAGGACCUCAUGGCACCAUGGGUUGCUUCGGAACCUACGCCUGUCGUUGUACAGGCUACUCCGUAGACCACCAUGACCCACCUCUGGUAUACGACAUCACCCGUGACCCCGCCGAGCAGAAUCCACUUGACCCCAAUGACCCUGAGAUUAGAGAGGUCAUCCACACAAUGAAGGAAGCUGUGGCUGAACAUCAAGGUGGGAUCACCAAACAGCAGGAUCAGUUUGAUGUGCUGCGAUUGCUACCGCGUCCAUGGAAGCAGCCUUGCUGUGGGACGUUCCCCUUCUGCUCCUGCAAGGAUUCCUCAACAGUCGAGACUCCUGUCCUGCCACCCAAAGUGGUGACACAACCUGAGUGGGUACCACCUACAGAAGAUAUAUCUCAGAGUUGAAGGGGCUGUUAGCACCAGUGUCCAAAAUUCUUAAAGGAACACGUUGCCUUGGAUUGGCCGAGUUGGUCUUUGAAAAGCGUGUGUAACCGUUUAUUAUAAAA